AGGAGGAGGAGGAGGAGGAGAAGGAGGAGGCAGUGGUGGUGCCCUGGCUGCCGCCGACGCCGACACAGGAGAGGAGACAAGACGAGACACCGAGUGCCGCCGGCGCCGCCGCCGCCGCCCCCGGGGGAGAGGCAGUUAAGUCUAGUAGAAUAUUGGACUGGGAAUACUAGACUGCCCCACUGCCAUUCACUCCAUUUAUCUGUAUCUCUUUCUGAGCUGAUACUGAGAAAUGAACCAAAAAAAAAAAAAGAAAGAAAAACACCCCAUCAUAACAUAAUAUCUGCAAAGCAGAUCCCCACGUUGGCUGUGUCUAAAACUGUGUUUCAUUCUGAAAUUUGAGCCUAUUAGUUCUCAGGGAGGAGAUUUGGAAGGAGCCCGGGACUGAAAGCUGUGUUGACUAGUAUAAAUCCUUCAAUGACUUAACUCUUCAUGGCAACUGACUGGAAAAGCAGAGGCAACUUCAAGUGGCAGGCUGAGGAAGUGUGUGUUUCUGUGUUUGUGUGCGUGUAUGUAUAUUUAAUACUACGUACAGCUAGACAUAUACAUACAUAAGGACAUAUACAUACGCACACAUUUACAGUAACAUAUGCACUCACUUUGGCCCCCUCUCAAAGGCUUUACAGCUGAUGAAAAUAAAUUUAAGAAUCAGAUGGGGCAGGUUGGCAACACCGGGCUCAGGAGUCCAGGGAGAAAAACACAUUACUAAAGGUCAACUUUCCAUAUGGUCUUCACGGGUGAAGAAAGUUUGCAAAAAGAGGAAAAAAAGGUCCUGCGCAGAUCAAGUCCCCAAAAUACCUCCACAUUUAAACGAAUGUGCUAAAUGAGACAGUUGACAGGGUUGAGGGGGGGAAAAAUCUGUAUUUUAGUAUGUAAGUUUGAUCAUGUGCUGUCCAUGGCACGUUGUUUUUUCAGUGGGUUCAAUGAAUUGAACUUUUUUUUAUUUCCUGGACUGACUAUUGACCAUUACUUUGUGGUUAUGACUGGAAGAAAGUAAAUUCAAGAGUGAUGGAACAAAUUUGGACAUUGAACUGAUUUGUUUGCUUUUUUUUCUUUUUGUUAAAAGUGUUUGUGAAAAUAUAAUUUAUUUCCCCUUUCUCUUCCUGCAUCUAUAGGAUAAAUAUCUUAAAAUUGUAAUCUAAACCAAUAAUUAAAAAGCAGAGAUGAAGAGAAACCAAACAGUAAGUUUCCUUUUUACUGGACUACAAGUGUGGCAUUUGGAGCACCCUUUCUGAAUUUGAGCUAAAAGAAUUCAUCGGACAAGCUAUGAGACAUCAUCAGGGCAACAGUGGAAAAAAGGAAAUCUGAUCUUUAUGUGUGUGCUUUUGUUUUAAGUAAUUAUUUUCCUCUCUUGAGUCCUAGAAGACUUGUAGAUGAGUGGGAGAUUACUUACUUAUAUGUUUAAUUUUGGGACUUGUUUUUGCACCAGGAUGGAAAAAGCAUGUGAUCUUUGUAGCAGAAUAGGGGAAAAAUAAGUGGGGGAGUUCAAAGUGGGGGUGGAAGUGGGGGAAGAAUCAGAACUGAAGUGUAGCCCUGUUUUAAAAGAGAGAGGACUUAUGAUUCACCCAAGGCAAAUGCUUUUUGCUGCAUUAAAGCUUUAGAGCAUUUCUGAUUCUGCUAAAUGAAAGAGGGAUUUUCUUUUUUUGUGCCUCUAUGGCAGCAAGAAGUGAGAAAGCAGGCGAAAAAACGUGAUAAACAGUUCAGGGUAUGUUAAGUUCCAAGUGGAAGCAAAGACCUGCCAUGAAUGUGGGACUGGCUUUGAAUUACAAAAGCCAUAGGAUUCAGUGGGUUUCCUGGUUCUGAAGGGAGGAGGAAACACCCUUUCUUUCCCAAAUUUGGACUGGUGUGUACCUACCUGCACAAGUUCUGGUCUGUUUUGCACGGUUUGUGUGCCUUUUUUUCCCUUUAUGCAAUCUUUCUCAGCUUUAGCAGCAGAAAUUCAUCUAGUUCAGAAAACAUGCCAGAGGGUGGCUCAGAAAAAAAGAUGAUUAUGUAUAUUCAAUUUCUGCAUUUGAACUCCUGAAGAGAAAAUCCAACUAGAGGAAUUCUUAAAGCCUUAAGUUACUUGAAAUCUACACAUUUGCAACCCUUUGUCUCUGGAAUUGUAUUACUCUAAACUGGAAUCUCAGGCUGUAUAAAGAUAAACACGUUGAGCAAAAAGAAGACGCACCUGUUUCUUGAUCACCACUUCUUAAUCAUGCUGUUUCUCCAAAGGAUAAGUGAACCCUCACUCUAAGGACUCGAAAAUAAAAAUGAACCUGAAGUUUUUUUUAAGUGUUACUUUUUCUUAGCAGACUGCCAUCAUCUUUUAUAGAGGAAUUUUUCACUAUGCAUUUGGUGGAUAUUUAUAAAACACUGACCCUCUGAUGUGUGCCAGGUCAGUAUUUAUGAUUUAAAGGAGAAAAAAAAGCAUAUCAAACCAACAAAAAAGAAAUUGGUUUAAAUUUUUCUGCACUAAGCAUUAAUUUUUUUGUAAAAAUAUUAAUAAAAAGCAUGUAUGCAGCAGUGGAACAUGGGCCUGUCCUUUGCAGCGAUUCAAAUAUUCUGUGCCUCUCCUGGAAGGGUAGAGUUCCAAAGAGUGAAAAGGAGAAGCCAGUGUGCAGGAGGCGGUAUUAUGAAGAAGGAUGGUUAGCCACUGGCAAUGGUCGAGGAGUUGUAGGGGUGACAUUUACUUCAAGCCACUGUAGGAGGGAUAGAAACACUCCUCAGAGAAUAAACUUCAACUUGAGAGGCCAUAACAGUGAGGUUGUACUGGUAAGGUGGAAUGAACCGUUCCAGAAAUUGGCCACCUGUGAUUCAGAUGGAGGAAUAUUUGUAUGGAUUCAGUAUGAAGGCAGGUGGUCUGUAGAGCUGGUGAAUGACCGAGGGGCACAGGUCAGUGAUUUUACAUGGAGUCAUGAUGGAACUCAAGCUCUUAUCUCAUAUCGAGAUGGAUUUGUGUUGGUUGGUUCUGUCAGUGGACAAAGGCAUUGGUCAUCAGAGAUUAAUUUGGAAAGUCAGAUCACAUGUGGCAUUUGGACUCCAGAUGACCAACAGGUACUGUUUGGCACUGCUGAUGGGCAAGUGAUUGUUAUGGACUGCCAUGGCAGGAUGUUGGCACAUGUUCUCCUUCAUGAGUCAGAUGGAAUCCUGAGCAUGUCCUGGAACUAUCCCAGUUUCCUGGUAGAAGAUAGCAGUGAAAGUGACACAGAUUCUGAUGACUAUUCCCCACCUCAAGAUGGUCCAGCAGCGUAUCCCAUACCGGUGCAGAACAUCAAACCACUGCUUACUGUCAGCUUCACUUCGGGAGACAUUAGCUUAAUGAACAACUAUGAUGAUUUGUCUCCUACUGUCAUCCGCUCAGGGUUGAAAGAGGUGGUUGUCCAGUGGUGCACACAGGGAGAUUUGCUUGCAGUAGCUGGUAUGGAGAAACAGAACCAACUAAUUGAAAUUGCCAAUGGUACAUUUCUGAAGAGUGCCCUGGUCAAAUUCUAUAACGUUCGUGGAGAACACAUCUUCACGCUGGACACACCAGUGCAACGUCCCAUAAUCUCAAUUUGUUGGGGCCACCGGGACUCACGCCUACUUAUGGCAUCUGGACCUGCCUUGUAUGUGGUUCGUGUAGAACACCGGGUCUCUAGUCUUCAGCUCUUGUGCCAGCAGGCUAUUGCCAGCUCCAUUAGGGAUGACAAGGAUAUCAGCAAGUUAACCCUGCCACCAAGGCUGUGCUCAUACCUCACUACUGCCUUCAUUCCAACAAUUAAGCCCCCUAUCCCAGACCCCAACAACAUGAGAGACUUUGUCAGCUACCCAACUGCCGGUAAUGAAAGACUCCAUUGUACCAUGAAACGGACCGAAGAUGAUCCAGAAGUAGGGGGCCCUUGUUAUACACUCUACUUGGAAUAUCUUGGUGGAUUAGUACCCAUCCUGAAAGGGCGUCGUAUUAGCAAACUUCGACCAGAAUUCGUCAUCAUGGAUCCAAAAACAGAUGGCAAAACAGAUGAAAUCUAUGGAAACAGUUUGAUUUCCACCAUGAUUGACAGUUGUAACUGUUCGGACUCCAGUGAUAUUGAGCUGAGUGAUGAUUGGGCUGCCAAGAAAUCUCCCAAAAUCUCUCGGGCUAGCAAAUCACCUAAACUCCCCAGAAUCAACAUUGAAGCCCGAAAAUCUCCAAAGUUAUCCCGAGCUGCUCAAGAGAUAUCCAGGUCUCCAAGGUUACCAAUUAGGAAACCUUCAAUUGGCUCACCAAGCCUAACUCGGAGAGAGUUUCCAUUAGAAGAUAUCACUCAGCACAACUAUCUUGCUCAGGUUACAUCUAAUAUCUGGGGAACCAAAUUUAAGAUUGUAGGUUUGGCUACUUUCCUGCCAACUAACCUUGGUGCAGUAAUCUAUAAAACCAGCCUGCUGCAUCUUCAGCCUAGGCAGAUGACCAUAUAUCUCCCAGAAGUACGCAAGAUUUCCAUGGAUUAUAUUAAUUUACCUGUCUUCAACCCUAAUGUUUUCAGUGAGGAUGAAGAUGAUUUGCCAGUUACUGGAGCAUCUGGAGUACCUGAAAAUAAUCCCCCUUGCACCGUGAACAUCCCCAUUGCUCCUAUCCACAGCUCAGCACAAGCGAUGUCCCCCACGCAAAGCAUAGGGUUGGUGCAGUCCCUGCUUGCCAAUCAGAACGUGCAGUUGGAUGUCCUAACCAAUCAGACAACUUCUGUGGGAGCAGCUGAUCACGCGAGUGACAGCACCGUCCAGUACCCAGGCCCCAAUAGGUAUUCCAGUCCAGGACAAGUGAUUUUUGGAGGAGUAGAGAUGGGACGAUUGAUUCAGGCACCUCCUCAGCUGUCCCUCCCACCACAGGGGGCAAUCCAACUGUCUGUGGGGGAUCACGGAGACAGAGAACACGAGCACCUGCAGAAGGCAGCAAAGGCCCUGAGGCCAGUGCAGCCGCUGGCAGCAGAAGGGGAUGCUGUGGUCUUCGCGGCUACCCAGGAGAUCCAGAUGAAUAAAUUGAACCCACCACCCCCUUACCCAGGAACUAUCCCAGCUGCUCCCACCACUGCAGCCCCACCCCCACCACUGCCUCCCCCUCAGCCCCCUGUGGAUGUUUGUCUGAAAAAGGGAGACUUCUCUCUUUUCCCUUCUUCGGGACAUUACCAAACCCCUCUCGGCUAUGAGAGGAUCACCACCUUUGACAGCAGCGGUAACGUGGAGGAAGUGUGUCGGCCUCGGACUCGGAUGCUGUGUGCCCAGAACACUUAUACCCUUCCAGGGCCUGGAAGCUCAGCUACCUUGAGGAUCACGGCCACUCAAAAGAAGGCCCCGCAGCCCUGUUCCAGUGCAACCCUCAACCGGUUAACUGUCCCCCGCUACUCCAUCCCAUCUGGGGAUCCACCCCCUUAUCCAGAAAUCGCUAGCCAGCUGGCCCAGGGGCGAGGAGCUGCCCAGAGAUUAGACAGCAGCCUUAUCCAUGCAACGCUGCGCAGGAAUAACCGAGAGGCGGCUCAGAAGAUGGCUCAGCUGGCAGAUAGCCAGCGGGCUACCCUGCAGCACCCGCCGAAGCCCAAGAGUAGCGUGGUAACCGCCCAGUACCAGCCAAGGCCGCCCGCUGCUCUGUACACCUGCAGCCAGUGCAGCGGCAGUGGAAGUGGUGCGAACAGCGCUGGAGGCAGCUUGGCGGGGGCCAGUGCCGGCAGCGGCACAGCCGGCCUCGGGGGUGGUAUGCGGCCUGACCUGAGCUCGGUGGGCAGCUCCCAGCACAGCUCAGUCAUAGCGCACUCAGUCAGCACUUCACCCUUGGCCUCCCAGUCUUCAUACAAUCUGCUGAGCCCACCUGACAACUCUCGUGAUCGGACAGACUAUGUCAACUCUGCCUUCACAGAGGAUGAGGCCCUAUCCCAGCACUGUCAGGUGGAAAAGUCUGUUAGGCAUGCAGCGCUAGCUGAGACAACUAUGGCAGUGAAACGGCCGCCCCCUUACCAGUGGGACCCUAUGUUGGGAGAGGAUAUUUGGGUUCCUCAGGAAAGGACAGCACAGAGUUCAGUGCCCAACCCCCUGAAACCACCGCCUCUGAUGAUUGGUCAGGCCCAGCACCUGGAUGUGUCCCGAGUGCCCUUUGUUUCCCCCAAGUCUCCAACCAGCCCUACUGCCACUUUCCAGACAGGCUAUGGGAUGGGAGUACCUUUUCCAGGAAGCUAUAAUAAUCCCCUUUUGCAGGGAAUGCAGGCUCCCUGCUCCCCUAAAGAAGCCCUGUCCCCAACACAAUUUGCACAACAGGAACCCACUGUAGUACUUCAGCCAGGGUACUCAUCCAGCCUUUCCUAUUGCCCCUUGCCACCCAUGUACCCAGGAAGCAGCACAUGUUCUAGUUUACAGCUGCCACCCAUUGCCUUGCAUCCUUGGAAUUCUUACAGUGCGUGCCCACCUGUGCAGAACUCCCAGGGCACUCUUCCUCCCAAAUCACACUUGGUUGUGGAAAAGCCCAUUGUGUCCCCACCUCCAGCUGAGCACCAAGGCCACCUGGGUACAGAAGUGAUGGUGGAGACUGCAGACAAUUUCCAGGAAGUCCUCUCCUUGACAGAAAGUCCUAUCCCACAGAGGACAGAUAAAUUUGGGAAGAAGAACCGUAAGCAUCUGGACAGCCGUGCUGAAGAAGGGAAUGUCCAGGCCAUCACGGAGGGCAAGGGGAAGAAGGAGGCAAGGACUCUGAGUGACUUCAACUCCCUCAUCUCCAGCCCCCGACUUGGGAGAGAGAAAAAGAAAGUGAAGAGCCAGAAGGACCAGUUGAAGUCAAAGAAGCUCAGUAAGACAAACGAAUUUCAGGAUAGCUCCGAGAGUGAGCCAGAACUGUUUAUCAGUGGGGAUGAGCUGAUGAACCAGAGCCAAGGCAGCAAGAAGGGGUGGAAAACCAAAAGGAGUCUGAGGACAGCCAGUGAGCUGGAGGAAUUCAAGUGCCGGAAAGCUAAUGAAAAGGAGGACGGGAGGUUGGGGAAUCAGGGAUUUGUGUAUGUGAUGGCUAAUAAGCAGCCUUUGUGGAAUGAGGCUACACAGGUGUACCAGCUGGACUUCGGAGGGCGGGUGACCCAAGAAUCUGCAAAAAACUUCCAGAUUGAAUUGGAAGGGAGACAGGUAAUGCAGUUUGGAAGGAUUGAUGGCAAUGCUUACAUUUUGGACUUUCAGUAUCCCUUUUCUGCUGUCCAGGCAUUUGCAGUUGCUCUGGCUAAUGUGACUCAGCGCCUCAAAUAAAAAAAAAAUGACUCAAAGGAGAAAGAAACACAAAGAAACCUUUUCAAAGAAGUCCAAUCCAGAAAAUGCUGGCGGACCCAAUGUUGGGUGUAACAGAGGUGCCUGCACGGACCAGAAGACAACAGCAGACUGGAAAAGUCUAUCAGGCCCCCCCAAGAGAGGCCACUGAACUGUAAUUGUUAUUGUUUAUUUGGGUUUUUAGUAUCCUUUAUCUUUUUUUUUUUUAACAAAAGCAAAAUAUAGUGCUGGUGUUUGAGAGCAAAGGGCUAGAACCAUUCAGUGUUACGUUGGGAAGUAUAGCUUUGGCUUGUGGUACUGGUUCUAUUGUGUUUGCUGAUGUAAAGCUAGUGGGGGAAGGGGGGGAGGGUUGGGAAGUGGGUUGGGGGGGAGAACAGGACAACUGUCCUUUUGGAUGGACUGCCUUAUAUCAUGUUAUUCUUUUAAAAACAUGGAACAUACAUAUUAUUUUUCAUUCCCUCGUUGCAUCCACCUUUUAUUACUACCCUAACAUUGACAAUGGUGUUAAAAACAAAAGCAAAAAAUAUUUCAAGCUCCCCCAGAAAAAUAUUUGAAAAUUCAGAUUCUAUUCAUUGGUAGCUGAAUAUUACAGCACCUUUUUUAGAGUGGAACAAACUGUAAUUUCUAAAUUCUAGGUUGUUACUAUAGAGAAUAAUUGUAUGCCAACAGCCAUUUUGGUAACACACUUCUGAAAGGUGGCACCAUCACCUGGGAUAAAUAUGAUUUGCUCUACGAUGAAACGUGAGGGGGAAAUGGACUGCAGUUUUCCAAUAUUGUUAACAGUAUUGUAUGUUCAUGUAAGUGAGAGGCAUAUUAUGUGUCAGUGUAGACCGAGUUGAAGGGCUACACUCCUCUUUGAGUGAUUAACAUUUAAGAUAAGUGAUUUUAGGAGUUGCAUAAUAUGAGUGUUUCUUUCCUAAAAGCAAUGACAAUUGUUUGGCGUGAUUGACUGAAAGGAGGUGAAGAGGCUGAAAUUAGAGAGAUCUAGUUAGAUGACCACUUGCUGGGUAUGUUGUACUGGGAAUACUUUAGGAUGGUGUGGGUUGAAUUAGGUGGCUACUGAGCCUCCUUCCAACUCUGUAAUUCUGUGAUUCUGCAGUGGAAAGACAGCGAUUUUUCUCAAACCCGUGGUGUGUGAGUCCUGCUGAGAACCAACUCCAGUCUCCUGUAAGUUAGAACAGGGCUAUGUAGAGGAGGUUACUGUAUGUUUUCUAUUUUCUCUUAUCCUCCAGAUAUGUCUCUUCACUGCUCUCUCUUUCUUAAAGAGAAAAAUUUUCCUAAUUUUUUUCUUUGAAAAAAAUGCUAUAUUAUUCUCUGCUAUGUAUAAAUUCUAAAAUCCUUGAAGUAAUUUUCCAUUAAGCAGGGUAGUGAAAGAUAUUCAUUUCACCGAGUUUUGAAACUUGUCCUGUUGUUCCCCAUGAAUAAAGUUACUUAUUUAAUAGUACAGAGUAUUUUGCAGAGGAAUAAAGCCUUUACAAAAAUCAGUAACAGAGAGCCUUAGGAAUUACUGUCAGCAGCUUGCUUAAACUUUUUUUGAUGGAUUUCUAUUCCACUCGUUCGCUGCUGUUAAGAAAGCUAUUAUGCCCACCCCGGUUUAUUUGUAUAUUCACUUGAAUGAAAGCUUCUUACAGGGAAGGAGGACAGAAUGAUGUCUGUGUGCAAUACAAAACAGGUCCAUCACAAAUGUUUCUUUUAAAUAUGAUUUUGAAUAUCUGGACAUUCCAUUUGGACCACUGAUAUAAAUGUCAUUUUUGCACUUCAGCAAGGACCCUUCCUCCUUUAACUUAAAAUUAAAAUGACUCUUCAUAGCAAAGUGCCCCUUUUUUGUAUCACCUUCAUCCUGCACCUGUUCCUACCUUCAGGUGAGAAAAGGAUUUCUUGGGUAGUGUUUGGGCCCUGAAACCAAGAUCUUAAAUGAUUUUUCUGAAUACACAAGUUUGAUAUUGCUAAGCCCUGUUCCUAGGAACAUGCAGAAUUUUAGUUUUAACUUGUCUACUAGUUUAGAGUCCUGUAUUUGGGUUUUGUUUGAAAACAGAAAAGUGGAAAAUACAAAAAGUUAAAGUAGGUAUGUUCAUGAUUUAAGCAUUUAUUUUUAAAUUCCCUAUUUGAUUUUAUGAGCAUAGCCAAGCAUCAUCUAGGCAUAAGAAUUAGAAGCAAAACCUGACUCAUUCAUUGCUCAGAGCAGGAUAUUGUCAAUAGCCAUUCUCUUCAGACCCCAAAAAACAAAAACAAACAAAAAAGAUUGAUAUGAUUUUAAAACAUCAUGGAAGUUACUGUUUGCCAGCCAAAACUGAGUUUAGCAUUUUAUAUUUAAACGUUACAAACCAGUUUUUUAGUAGAUAAGUUCUUCUAGGAAGAAUUUAGCAAUGUGUUCAGAAUUAUCUAAUUCCUUUAUACAUUAGUUUUCUGUAGCCUGAUAAUGGCUUUUCAGUGCUUAUUUUUAGUUGUGCAAUAAUUGUUACAGCCUAGUUUUUUAAAUAAUUUAAAUGCAAAUUCUCUUAUUGUCCUAGAGACAAAUUAUUUAUCUUGCUUAAUGUAAUAAGUGUUUUUAUGGAUUAUUUUAUUACUAUGUACUGGUGAGUUAUACCCACUUUCUUAUUUAUAUAAAAAGAGCAUCCUUGUAACUAAUUAUUUGGUAGCAGUACGUUUUGCUGCAACAAUUGCAGAAUAUGUAUAGAAAGAUUUUGUUUUUGCUGGACAAUUUGCAACUUUUUAUAAUUUAAGGAGAAAAAUCCUGUUAAUUAGGCAGUUAAGAAACAGUAAUAUCUUUGAGUAUAUAUUCCAUUAAGAAUAUGGUUUCCUUGUGAUGAUAUAACUUACCUAGAUGUUUUCCUUUUUUGUUGAACUUUCUUUUUUAAAAAAAGAUAGUGUAUUUUGAGUGGGGAAAAAAAUGAGAGAAUGAGAAUAGCAGCGGGGAGGGAAUUUUAAGUAAUCUGCUUCAGAUUUUUUAAAGCCCUGUUUGAUUUCUAAAAUAUGACAUAAAAGGAUAAAAUGUAGAAUGUGAAAUAAAAGUCUUUCUAAAUGAGGGUCAGUGCUCAAGGGAAUUCUUUGGAAUCACUGUUCAAAAUCUUUAUGUCAGGUGAGCGUGGAACCUUUGUAGCAAAGAUAAUUUGCCUUUUAACAAAUUCUCAACCUGCUUCCCAAAAGACAGGUUCUACUCCAAAUCACUUUGUGUACUUUUUAAUGCUUCAGCCUCGUUUGUGGCCUCUGCAGUUUAGUGUCUGAGUACCAAGGAACAUGCAACUAGUACUUAACCCUUGUCAUCUGCUCUGGGAAGAAUAAUUUGGUACCAAAAUAAAGCAUAAAUUGAUGUCUACUGUAGCUGUAUCUAGAGUGUUUUUAGAUUAAGGGUGAUCCUUUUAUUCAUAAAAGAAUUAUUUUCAUCAGAAACAUAAUUACUUUAAGUUACAAAGAUUAUAUGUGUGUGUACAUACAUAUAUAUACACAUACAUAUACGCACACAUAUGAAAAUUCCUGAUGGGAGCUCUAAAUUCUAAAAAAGUUUUAGUCUCAUGAGAAUCAGCUUCAUGAAGAAUAUGCUCUUUUCAUGGAAGAAGGUACAUAAAUUUGACAUGGAAACCAAUUUAAAAUUUGUUUUACCCUAACUUAAUCAAAGAAAAGUAAGAUUUUGUGGGCAAACGUACACCUUCAAUAUAGUUCACCAUCAUAUUGAGACAGAUAAAGUAAGCCUUUUUCUGAGUUUUGAUUGUACUAUAAACCAAAAUGUUUUCCAGGUUAAUUCUUCUUGACUUGGUUUAUUGCUAAUGGAAUAGUAUCCUACUGAACUACAGGCAAAAACUUGUGUCGUUGUCUUGUUGUGAUAUGAUGCAAAAAGCACUAAACUGUGAGCCAGUUUCUAAUGGCUUCUAAUGCUGGCUUUACCUGUCUUCUAGCUGUGUGGCUUCAGGUGAGUCACUUGACUCCUCUGGGGCUCAGUUUUCUCAUUUGUAAAAAUAAGAGGAUAGAUCCCUCUCAUCUCUGAUAGAGUCUAUUGUUUCAAGUGGUAUAGUUUUAAGGUUCUAUUUAAGUGAUUUGAAAUACAGGUUUAAUCAAGAGAAAUAUCUUUCUCCAGGACUGUUAAUGAGCUAUGUAUGGAAUCCAACCAUUUCAUUUUUUAAAAGUAAUCCCUUUAAACAAUUUGUCACUGGGAAAGAAUUGAUUUGGAAUUUUGUUUGCCUUCUAAAAAUUCUCCAGAAACCUUGAACCAAAGAGGAUGACACAGGAGUCUCCUUUUGAUUGUUUCCUAUGUAGUCAGCUUCCCUGCCUGCAAGGCAAUUAAACAACCACUCCUUAUUUGCAUCAUUUCCAUUGAGAAAUAGUGUGUUAUAGAAUGGAAUUAAAUAUUUGUAUACAUGUACACACAUAUACAUGUCUGUAUGUAUAUGUGUGUAUAUGUCCAAGAAGACCUAGAAUUCCUGAAAUGUUCUCUCCAUUGUUACACUGGCUUACAAGAGGAUUCUAUUCUUACACAACAGCUUUGAAGAAUGAACCAUCAUAUACUGUAAGAAGUUUUUCAUUUGGCCAUGUAAAUGUUUGUUAAAAGGCUAGUCAAGAUAAUGUUAAUUUUUUCUAAUU